GUGCAAUUGUUUUUCCUCCCAGUGUUGGCUGAACGAGCUAUUUAUGAACGACCUAAAAUGAGUGAAACUAGCACAAAAAUCAAAUAUCUCGUAGCGGAUACUACAGCAUUUAUCAAUGCAGUGCCACUGAAUGAAUACGCUGAAAAUGUGCUCACUGUGCCAGAGGUGGUGGCCGAGGUGCGCAAUAAGCGACAGAUACGCCGCCUCUGCGUGCUGCCAUUUGAUCUGCAGGUGCGAGAGCCACGCCCGGAAAGCGUCAAACACUGCGUCGAAUUCGCUAAGAAGACCGGCGACUAUGCCAGCUUGUCUGGCAUCGAUUUAAAGGUGAUUUCGCUCACAUACGAGCUGGAGGCGGAUACGCUGGGUACUGAUCAUCUGCGCACCGAGCCAGUCGUCUCACAGGUGAUUGCCUCCAAGGACAAACCCGAAGAGAUGCAGGACGGCAACAACAAACGGCUGGUGGGCUGGUAUAUGCCCGAGGGAAACGAAGAUGACGAGGAGGAGGAGGAGGAGGAGGACGACGACGACGACGACGACGAAGAAGAGGGGGAAAAUGACAAUGAAGAUGGCAACGUGGAUGACAAAGGGCAACAGUUGGAUAAAAGCAGCGAUAAAGUGGAUCACAUUAAGGAAGCUAUCGAAGCGCAGCUGCAAGGCAAACAGAUAACGAGUCCACAGAGCAACACAGCAGCAAAUGAAGACAAUGAGGAUGGGCAGGAGGAGGAGGAAGAUGGUGACGAUUUGACGCAGGAGGAGCUAGACAAGCUGUUCGAAAAGCUGAAAUGCGCUCCAUCUGCGGACGAGGAGAAGGCAACCUGUGAUCUUCUGGUGGCAGAGCCGCAACACGAAGACGAAGAAGAAGACCAGCCUGGCAGCAAUAACAAUGCCUCCAACAUCGGCAACGACGAUGAUGACGUUGGCGACGACGGCUGGAUCACGCACUCAAACAUUAAGAAGGCGAAAAAGGCGCUCGAGGGCAAGGUGGAAACGGACAUUGUGCCGCCGGUGGCGUGCAUGACCACAGAUUAUGCGCUGCAGAAUGUGCUGAAGCAGCUCAACCUGCAGCUGGCUGCGCUCAAUGGGCGCAUCAUCAAGCAGCUGCGCACCUACAUACUGCGCUGCUACGCCUGCUACAAGACGACCAGCAUCAUGACCAAGGUCUUCUGCCCGAACUGUGGCAACAAGACGCUGAAGCGCGUCGCCAUCAGCCUGGACGAGAAUGGCAAGCAGGUGAUCCACAUCAAUACGCGACGCCCGCUGACCGCCAAGUACAAGAACCAGAGUCUGCCACGUUUCCAAGGCGGCAAGCAUUCGCGCAAUCCCAUUCUCUUUGAGGAUCAGCCCAUGCCGCGCCAGAUGCCGUCGCGCGUGGCGAAAACCAAGACGAAUGCCCUGGAUGACGAUUACAUUGCGGGCUUCUCGCCCUUUGUCAUGCGCGACGUGGACUCCAAGUCGGCCAUGCUGCGCUCCAAGGGCAACCUGAAGGAGUGGGCGCGCAACAACAACUUCGAGGAGGAUCGUCGACGCAAGAACUACAAUCGCCUGUACAAAUAGAG